CGUUCUGGCAUCGUAUCCUGUCGCUGUCGCUGCCUCAGCCGUUGUUGCGUCCAUUGCGCCCGCGUUCCGCGCUUACCUCAACCAUCGUUUCGUUUGACUUUGAGUGCAUUUAGGGUCGCCUGCAGUCAGUUUACCUUCCAGCCUUGCCGUGCAUCCAACUAUAUUGACAAAGGCACAGUUCGGAUCGCCAAAUAGGUGAUUGGCCAGUGUAAUUCUUGUGCCGCUGGAGACUAGAUCCGAGUUCGACUGCCUAACGCAGCUAACGUCUAGUUCUGCUGCAGCUCCACCCCCGACCGGUCACCAAUUAACGUUUUCGCAGUGCGUCCGGCUUAAACGGCUUCAAAAUUAACUACUCAAAGUAUCAUCACAACGCUAUGUCCCUCUCGGCCAUAGCAAAGCCGAUACUUUAUUCGUAUUGGCGCAGUUCGUGCUCCUGGCGAGUGCGCAUUGCGAUGAACUUGAAGGAAAUACCCUACGACAUCAAGCCCAUAAGUCUCAUCAAGUCGGGCGGAGAGCAGCACUGCAAUGAGUAUCGAGAGGUUAAUCCCAUGGAGCAGGUGCCGGCCCUGCAAAUCGAUGGGCAUACGCUGAUCGAAUCGGUGGCCAUCAUGCACUAUCUGGAGGAGACCCGUCCCCAACGUCCUUUGCUGCCACAGGAUGUACACAAGCGGGCCAAGGUACGCGAGAUAAUCGAGAUCAUUUGCUCUGGCAUUCAGCCACUUCAGAACCUCAUUGUACUCAUCCACGUGGGCGAGGAAAAGAAGAAGGAGUGGGCACAGCACUGGAUAACACGUGGCUUCCGUGCCGUGGAGAAGGCCCUGUCCACUUCGGCUGGAAAAUACUGCGUUGGGGACGAGAUCUCAAUGGCCGACUGUUGCCUCGUGCCGCAGGUGUUCAAUGCCAGGAGAUUCCAUGUGGACUUGCGCCCAUAUCCCAUUAUAUUGCGGAUUGAUCGCGAGCUGGAGAGCAAUCCAGCUUUCCGAGCUGCUCAUCCUUCCAAUCAGCCGGAUUGUCCACCGGAGCUGCCCAACAAAUAGAAUUUUCCGACGACAACUGCAAAACGCCGUAAAACUAAAAAGUGAAUUGCAGUUUGUAGCACACACAGUACAUCUAUAACAGACGGAAACCCAACAAGGCGGCGACAGAAAUAAGUUUGGAGCUGGAGAGUCAGCUGGUGAGGCGGAGAGAAACAGUCGGAUGUGAUUCAAAAAAUUGCUAACAGCAUUUAACUAUGCAUAAAUGCAUAAAAAUACUAUCGAUAAAAAAUAAAAUUUUUAUUUGGCAGCAA